GGUUGGCCUCUGAAGGCUUUUUCACGGUGGUCUUCAUGGCCGAGUACAUCGUUCGCCUGCUGGUCUGUGACGUGGCUGGGGUAUCGCCUUGGACCUUCAUAAGGACGCCGAUGAAUGUGGUGGAUGUGGUGGCGAUCCUGCCUUUUUUCGUGAUUUUGGCCCUGAAUAACGUUGGAAAGGCCAUAGGUUUCAUCCGCGCGGUGCGCUUGGUUCGGCUCUUCCGAAUCUUCAAGCUGGGGCGAUAUUCCACCGGCUUGAAGAUGAUGAUGGUAGCGCUGAGCAACAGCGGACAAGCCUUGAGUGUCUUGGUCUUCUUCCUGGGCAUUGGCAGCGUCUUGUUCUCCAGUGUCGUGUACCAUGUGGAGAAGCUGUACUGCCCUGAUCAAGGGGACUUCAAUUCCACCCAACUCGCGAUCUACAAAGAGGAGUGCUCAGAUAAGUUGAAGCGGAUCUCGCAGUUUGGACUCUGCUGCAGUGAAAACAACGUCUCGCUGGAGUUUCCAUCCAUCCUGUCCACGUUCUGGUGGGCCAUCGUCACGAUGUCAACGGUGGGCUAUGGCGACGUGAUCCCUCAAACGCCCGGGGGAAAGCUUGCAGGUGCCGUGACGAUGUGUUCGGGGAUCCUGCUCUUUGCCUUGCCCAUUGCGUUGAUCGGGUCACGCUUCCAAGAGGCCUACAACCUCGCGGUGUCCAGGGGUAGCCCUUCACUACAGGUUCGGAAGAGAUCGAAGGAUAGAGAUGAGCCACCCUUCAAGAUCAUGAGCACUCGCCUGCGCCUGCUGCGCUUUUCCAACACCAGCAUGACACGCAUGGCGAAAGAGCUGUCAAAGGAAUUGGAGGAAGCAUCUGAUAUGCACCGGGACAUCCGAAUGUUCGAACGAACGGAGAAGGAGCUCCAGAAGAAGGUCCUCCUGAAUGGGAUUACCAUGGUGAAUCGGCUGCAGCACUAUGUGGAUGCGGCUCGCGUGCCGCAUCACCAGACGAGCGGCGCUGCGGAUUCAGGCGGCGGAGCUGCUCGAGUGGAGCAGCACCGACCCUCCAUCAUUCUGCCCCAUCAGCCCGAUCCACCGGAGCGUGAAGAAGAGGUCGAAUCACCUGCGCGUCUACCGAAGAUGGUCUCCUUCAACACUGCGCCACGCCAGGGUGGAUGAAUGGGUGCAGAGGUUGGCGAGACAUUCGUGAGGGCCCUGGGACCCCUGAGGCCCCAUCUUCGCCGCUUCUCAAACCUCCCGAGGCUCAAAAUCCC